AUGGACUUGCUCACUCUAGAGUACCAUUUGCAAAUCCUUCGAUACGUCUCGGUAUGCCUUUUCUCAGUGGCAGUAUGGGAGCAUCUCAUCUGGCUGCCCUCCGAGAUCCUGGUCUGGAAGAGCCUUUUCCGCAAACUAGGCAUCACUCGAGCUGCUCCGCCGCGCUAUGGCCUCCAUGCUCCGCUCGACACGUCAGAGGGUCGAAUUCAGGCCAGUUUAGGAUCCAUCUGCAUUUGUCUGCUGCGUUACUCCAUGCUAGUCUCUGGUCCGCUCAUGAUCACCUUCUUCCUCGGUAGACCGAUGGACUGCGCAGCCACUGCCAAAGCGCUGCGUCUAUGCUUUUGCGUGACGUGGGCAGCCGCAAACUCCAUCUUUGUCGCUCGAGUGUACAUCAUGUACGGCAAGAGCAAGCGGGUGUUGGCAGCUUUGGGACUCUUGUGGCUAGCGACGAUCGGAGCGUGGAUAGCAGACAUCUUUGCCUACUCGGCGGAAAGGAUCGCUCAGGUGCCUACCUUUGCCCCUUGGUGCCGAACCGUGGUGCAGCACCGAUGGAGGUCGACAGGUUGGGGACUGAGCAUGCUCUUCGACAUCGUCGUGCUCUUCAUGACGCUCUGGAAGGUGCACCGAUUGCAAGCGCCUCUUCCCGGAGGCAAUCGACUGCCCAAGAGCGAAAUGCACAGGUUCGUGCUGCGCAGCAACUUGCUCUGGUUCUCCAUCGUCUUUGUCGCAAACACCACCUGCUUCGUGGUGCAGCUGGCAGUCGACGAUCCCGUCUUGUCGCACUUGCCCACUCCCAUAGGCAUCGUGGGAACUGCAAUCGUAGCCGCUAGAAUCGUC